UCGAGAAGACGUUCAUCAUCGUUCGGAGACAUGUCCAACGUCAAAGAUUCUCGAUACCGGAACGUCCACUACAAAGAGGACACCGAGUUCACAGUUUGGGUAGCUAAAACCCUGCUGACGCCGGUAGGCGUCUGGCCGUUGCGUACAACCGAAUCGCUCCUGGACACCGUGAAGCUGGUCGUUCACAUCGGUAUAAUCUUCUGCCUGAUGUGUUUCCUGCUGGUACCCCAUGUAAUUUACACCUAUCACGACGCGGAAGACCUGGCUCGGUAUAUGAAGGUGAUCGCCGCGCAGGUGUUCAGCCUGCUGGCGAUCAUCAAGUUCUGGACGGUGAUCAUCAAGAAGAGAUACAUCAGAUACUGCCUGAUGGAAAUGGAGACGCAGUACAGAGACGUCGAAUGCGAAGAGGACAGAGCGGUGAUGAAGAAAUCGGCUGGAAUCGGAAGACUGUUCACUAUCGUCUAUCUGAGCCUGUCUUACGGCGGCGCGUUGCCCUAUCACAUCAUACUGCCGCUCAUGUCCGAGAGAGUCGUCAAAUCGGACAAUACCACGCAGAUACCGCUGCCAUACCUGAGCAACUACGUUUUCUUCGUAAUCGAGGACUCGCCGGCCUAUGAGAUCACCUUCGUCUCGCAAAUACUGAUCAGCAGCAUCAUAUUGUCCACCAAUUGCGGGAUUUACAGUAUGAUCGCGACCAUCUCGAUGCAUUGUUGCGGAUUGUUCCAAGUCGUCAGCAGGCAGAUCAAAACUCUGUUUGAGUACGACGAUCAUGAACUGUGUCAGCGUCUUAGGGACAUCGUUAUGUUUCAUCUGAAGGCUAUCAAAUAUGCCGAAGCGAUCGAGAAUGCUUUAAGCACGGUGUUCCUGACGGAAAUGCUUGGCUGUACAAUCAUCAUAUGCUUCCUCGAAUACGGAGUGAUUCUGGAAUGGGCUGACUACAAGAUACUCAGCACAAUGACGUACGUCGUCCUCAUGAUCUCCACGUUUGUAAAUGUGUUUAUAAUAGCGUACAUCGGCGAUUGCCUUAGACAAGAGAGCGAGAGAGUGGGAGAAACGUCAUACUUCGUAUCGUGGUACGAUCUUCCUGACGACUUGGUUAAGAACUUGAAGAUGAUCAUGCUCAGAACAAAUCGGCCGACUAAUUUCACCGCCGCCAAGGUGUUCGAUGUCUCGCUUCUAGCAUUUUGCGACGUUUGCAAGACAUCGGCGGCGUACCUGAACUUCCUACGAACAAUGACAUCAUGAUGAAGAUUCAUCGGUUGUACUAGAGAAAGAAAGCUACUUGUUGCACGAGAGACAAGAAGUUGUUCAUACAAGAAAAAACAUGAUACCGAUCGUACACUUGAUAGAAUCUCAGCUGAUUGUAUAGAAUAAUAGCGAAACAAAAAUGUUGGGUAUGCCACUU